GCUUCACUCUUUACUCAAACCAAAACUCAUCACUACAAAACAUACACAAAUGGCGAACAAGCUCUUCCUCGUCUCGGCAACUCUCGCCUUGUUCUUCCUUCUCACCAAUGCCUCCGUCUACAGGACGGUUGUGGAAGUCGACGAAGACGAUACCACAAACCAAGCCGGUCCAUUUAGGAUUCCAAAAUGUAGGAAGGAGUUUCAGCAAGCACAACACCUAAGAGCUUGCCAGCAAUGGCUCCACAAGCAGGCAAUGCAGCCCGGUGGUGGUAGUGGUCCAAGCUGGACCCUCGACGGUGAGUUUGAUUUUGAAGACGACGUGGAGAACCAACAACAGGGCCCGCAGCAGAGGCCACCGCUGCUCCAGCAGUGCUGCAACGAGCUCCACCAGGAAGAGCCACUUUGCGUUUGCCCAACCUUGAAAGGAGCAUCCAAAGCCGUUAAACAACAGGUUCGACAACAACAGGGACAACAAAUGCAGGGACAGCAGAUGCAGCAAGUAAUUAGCCGUAUCUACCAGACUGCUACGCACUUACCAAGAGUUUGCAACAUCAGGCAAGUUAGCAUUUGUCCCUUCCAGAAGACCAUGCCUGGGCCCGGCUUCUACUAGAUGAUUCCAAACGAAAUCCUCGAGAGUGUAUGUACCACGGUGAUAUGAGUGUGGUUGUUGAUGUAUGUUAACACUACAUAGUCAUGGUGCGUGUUCCAUAAAUAAUGUACUAAUGUAAUAAGAACUACUCCGUAGACGGUAAUAAAAGAGAAGUUGUUUUGCUC